AUGAAGAAAUUGCUCCUCCUCGGGGGUAUGACGGCCGACGUCACAACCCUCUACUAUAACAUCAUCACGCGCACAGUUCGGAACCGGCUCGGGCCUAGGAGGGGCCCGAAACUGUACCUCUACAGCACCGAUCUGGAAGAGAUGAUCGGCUAUGCCGGCAAGGGUGACUGGGACAGUUUUGCUCGCGAGUACACGGGCCCCGUUGCGUCCCUGAGGAAUGAAAUUGACGGGGUUGUGAUCUGCGCGAUCCUGGCGCACAAAGCAUCCGAGCAGAUCUCCCAGGCCGUCGCGCCGGGUGGAGGCUCAGUUCUGCAUAUUGCCGAUUUCCUCGCCGCCCACAUCAAAUCCAAAUAUCCUCAUAUCCAGAGGCUGGGUCUUCUUGGGCCCAAAGCCACCAUGCUCAGCCGUGAUGACCCCAACUGGUUCAUUGGGCCGCUGGAAAACCCCGAGAAUGGCUUCACUGUGCUCGUGCCAGACUCGGAAGCGUCCCUGAAUGAAGUCAAUCGCGGCAUGUUGGAGGAGGUUGCGAAGGGAGCGGCUGCUGUGACUGAAAGUACGAGGGAUAUGUUCGUAAGAGAGGCGAAGGCCCUGAUAGGCAGAGGUGCGCAAGCUAUCAUCCUUGGCAGUACGGACCUUGGAUUUGUCUUAGGACAGGAUAACUUGGGAGACGGGGUGCCCGUUAUAGAACCGGCAGCCGUUCAUGCAGAGGCUGUCGCUAACUGGGCCUGUGAUGGAGACACAGGCCAAUAA